CGCUCCCGCCGGCGUCGAGGGCGUGGCGGCAAGGCUGCGGGCGCCCGGCGCCGCUCGGACUCUGCCCUCUGCCCCCGGCCCCGGCCCCCCGAGGCCCCCUCUCGCCGCCCCCGCGUGGCCCCGUCGUGCCGCCAGGCCUCGCCCUUUCCUCGCCUCCUUGCUUCCGUCCUGCAGCGGCGGGGCGCUCAGCGAUUUCUCCCCACCGUCGGUGACCUCUUGCAAAGCCGACAGGCCUAACCUGUCCCGGAAGGCAGGAGAGGUGCAGUCGGCCAAGCAGGGGCGGCCGGAAGCCCUCCAGCCGCGCUGGAUCACGUGACCUUUGUGCAUGUUGAUCUUCUUCCUGCCUUUGUUGGCUUCACCUCCAAGGCACCUCAUACUGUUCCUGCUGAAACUGUUCACCCUGUAACUGCUAGACAUCCUAGAACUUUAAAGACGGAACAGACCUGAUUUGAGGGGAUAAUGCUAAGGGACACUAUGAAAUCUUGGAAUGAUAGCCAGUCAGAUCUCUGUAGCAGUGACCAAGAAGAAGAAGAAGAGAUGAUUUUUGGUGAGAAUGAAGAUGAUUUGGAGGAGAUGAUGGAUUUAAGCGAUUUGCCUACCUCCCUUUUUGCUUGCAGUGUUCACGAAGCAGUGUUCGAGGUGCAAGAGCAGAAGGAGAGAUUUGAAGCACUUUUUACCAUCUAUGAUGACCAAGUUACAUUUCAGUUGUUUAAAAGCUUUAGAAGAGUCAGAAUAAAUUUCAGCAAACCCGAAGCAGCAGCAAGAGCUCGAAUAGAACUACAUGAAACAGACUUCAACGGGAAGAAACUGAAGCUGUAUUUUGCACAGGUGCAGAUGUCCAGUGAAGCCCGGGACAAAUCGUAUUUACUGCCGCCACAGCCUGUCAAGCAGUUCCUCAUCUCCCCGCCAGCAUCUCCCCCGGUGGGGUGGAAGCAGAGUGAGGAUGCGGUGCCUGUUAUAAAUUAUGAUCUCCUCUGUGCUGUUUCCAAAUUGGGACCAGGAGAGAAAUACGAGCUUCAUGCGGGAACCGAGUCGACCCCGAGCGUGGUGGUUCAUGUCUGCGAAAGCGAAACGGAGGAGGAAGAAGAAACCAAAAGCCCCAAACAGAAAAUUACCCAGACACGGCGCCCCGAGCCUCCUACCGCGGCCCUGAGUGAGCCUCAGACCUUCGACUGUGCGCCGUGAGGCCGUGGGUUGUGGCCAGGUCCCAGUGACGUGCCCCCAUGGCGGGUGCGUGGCUGCUCAUAGCGUAGGGGAGACUGAGGCAGGGGAUGUGGUGUCUUCUCACCAUGCCUGUACUGCAGACGUGCUAGUGUGGAGUAGCAGCUGAUUUCACCUGUUCAGAAGUUUAAGUGAGAUUCCAAACAGCACUUUAAAUGAAGGGAGUAGUCCCCAAGAUGUGGCAACUCUUGACCAUUUUAAACAAGUAAAUUAGGAAAAUGGCUCCCCCCCCCCCCCCCCCGCAAUGUUAGUUCCCCUGUUUUCUUUCUGUAUAGCAUGGGGUACCAAAUACUGGAACUGUAGUCACCCAGUGCAGUACCAUUUUUAUGAAUUUAAAAUUGGUCUUAAAAUUUUAAUAAUCUAGUGUGGAUAUUUUUGUACUUGUGUAAUAGCUUCUAACAUAUUGAUCAAAAGUUAGUUGUUACUCAGUAUAUAUGAAAUUUUUUGCACGAAAAGAAACCUAAAAUACAGAAGGAUUCAUAGAAAUCAUUUUCCCAAGUAUUUUUCCAUUAGCUUUGGGAAAGAAAUGCCAAAUCCACUGGCACCAAUGUGCAUGUUUGUCCCUGUGGCUCUUACUUGGAAGUCGGGGGAGAGUGAUGCACAGACCACUGGUCCUGAUGCGUCAUCCCUGCGGAGGUGGGCUGCCCAGAGUGAACUGCUGCUUUGGAAGUGGGACAUAUCACCAGGAAGCUUCACUGAUUAUGAUUUCAGGGGUCUCCUGCAUUCUGCCACUUGUGACCAUGUUUUUGCCUGUAGAGGACCAAACUGUCUUCACUCACCAGUUGUUUAUCCCAUUUCCUGUUUCAAUAUUGUGUUAACCAUUAGUUCUUGUGUUUUUCUAUGCUGUGUGUAUGUUUGUGGAUGUCAUUCAUAGAUGCUCAGUUAGAAAGAUAAUAAGAUUUUCUGAGGACCAUUUUUAAAAUGUCCACUUAAACAUUUUUCCGCUUGCUUUGAAAGAAAAAUCGCACAUACUAUUUUGCUAUGCAUUUGGAAACGAGGGGGGAAGUCAUUUAGUCAUACGUUUUUUUUUUUUUUUUUUGAUGAAAUUUUUGACCUUGGCUUGCAGUUGGGAUUUUUCCCUAAAACAGAAUUGUUUCUCACUUAUGUUUUAGAAUGUAUAUUCAACCCCCCUACAGUAGAAGCAGCGUCUUUUUAACUCUUGGUGGUCUAUUCAGACUUUGAAGUCCCUUUUAUAGAAAAGUCUCAUAACUAAGAAUUCUUUUGCUUUUGAUUCUCUUCUCAUUAUGCUAUUUUCUUUGGGUGGCAAAUGUCCAGAGCUCCCUGGCAUGUAUGUUAAGGGGUUGCAUAUAUGAGUUAGAACUGAUAAACUAAUGUGGCUGCCACUGCAAAGAAAAGGCAGAAAGUCAAGCCAUGAUGUCAGUAAAUUUAACGUGUUAUUGUGGUUGAGUUCUUAUUGUGAUAGCAUUUAUUUCUGAGGGCUUAUAUUGCACAAAAAAAUUAUAUUUUCCUUGCACUCAAAUACUCUGAGGUGAUAAACUCUAUUUGUAUAUAUCCACUAUUGUAAGCCACAGUGUAAAUUGAGUUGAAAUUUGCAAUCCCAUAAGCAAUUAACUUACUGAGUUCAGAUCAUCAUUUGUCAGUUUAACUACUGGCCACUUAAAUACAUUUACUUUGCAGUUCUGCACUCAGCAUUUUGCUCAUUUUGAUUGCAGGAUAGACCCCAUUUUCUAUGUCAGAAAAUGUAUGUAUUUUCAAUAAUUGGGAAUUUUUUGAAUUUUCUUGUAGGUAAUAUUUACUCACUAUAAUUUUCUAAGUGAUAUAAGCCCAUGAUGUUUUGUUAUUUGGCUUGGCUUUCAUUCUCUACCGGCCAAUUAAGAAAUAUCCUAUUCCUAACACGUAAAACUUUUUUUAAAAAGUCAACCCAUGGGCCGACCCCAUGGCGCACUCAGGAGAGUGCGGCGCUGGGAGUGCAGUGACGCUCCCGCCGCGGGUUCGGAUCCUAUAUAGGAAGGGCCGGUGCGCUCACUGGCUGAGUGCCGGUCACGAAAAAGACAAAAAAAAAAAAAAAAAAGUCAAUCCAUGCAAAUUACCCAGGGUUUUUUCUAUUCCUUUUUUUUUGGUGGGGAGCGGGGGUGGUGCAGAGUAUUGAAUAAAUUGAAGAAAACUUUGAACCUAAAUUUUAUUUAUAUAUAUUUACUUAUGUGUGUGUACAUAUAUACAUUUAUACAUGUGUGUGUAUAUAGAUACAUACACAUAUAUAUGAAUGUCUGUAGAGAGUCAUAUAAACUUUUCUGAUUGGAGAACAUUAAUAUUUUCAUUUUUCCUAGUACAUUAUUUUCAUAAGGUGAAUUCUAAAAGAAAAACUAGUAAAUGCCCAUCAACUUUUAAUAUUGUGAAAUCAGCAAGGAUCUCAACCAGUAAUAUGGUCUCUGUCCUUUUGUGGCUAUUUUAUAUCCAGUUCAUGUAACCAUUUUACAAGAGAUGAGUCUCAUGUAUCUUUUUAAAGUUCUUUUAAUAAAUUUACCUGCAUUUAAAAAAUUUUUUGAAAUCGAGUUACUACUUAGAUUUAACUCUUUUAGUAUAGUAGCCAUGUUUUUUUAGAAAUCAUAACCUCUUCAUGGGAAUCAAAUUACGUAGAAAACUGUGAGGAAAGAUAGUGUUGCUUCCUGUCAUAGGAAGACUUGUGAAGGAUAUGAAGACCGAAUUACUUAACAAAGAUCGUAGAUUCUUUAAACAUCCCCACCCGAUAAAACCAGAGAUAAAUUAAAAAGUGUAGUAGGGAGCCUCUACUAGGUUUAAGGUGCUAAGAGGCAGAAAUGGGCAGGAACAGUUCCCUUGCCUUGGAGAGCUGAAAAACAGGAACACAGCACACUAUGCUUUUCACAUUCUGCUUCUUCAGAAUUUACAUGAAACCUGUCAAUAAUUAAGAGCCAAAUCAAAGCUACAAGGAACUUUUAAGUUCAACAUAAAGGUUUAAGUAGAACAUCGCAGUCAUCCAUGGGAUGUUUGAAUUGAAGAGAUACCAGGAGAUAAAGGUCAGGUCCAGUACUUCCAUUUUUUUAAGAAUACGGUCUUUGUUUCCCAUUCCCAUUAAUUCCAUCUUUUAAAACUGUUAUGAUUAUAAAGUAAAAAGAUUUGGUUUUCUUAGAAUGUCAGUUACAGAGCUGAAGGUCACUUUGGAAAUCAUACAAUGUAAUCCUUGUGUUACAUAGAUGAGAAAACUGAGGUUAUGGGACGUGCUUAGGAGACCACAGCGAGGCAGCCCAGGGACUAGAACUGACAUUCCCAACUCGGGCCGGUGCUUUUUCUACUUUUUCUUGCAUUGGCCUCUUAAAGAGGCAGUGACUAGUAAUACCUAUCAUAGGAAAAAAAGUGGGCUGGGGAAGGAAUUCUUUUUCCUCUGAUGGGAUACAGUGAAUAAGAAAUGAAUAAGAAAAAUCUUAUCUGAUGAGAAAGGUGACUUAGUAAUUUUAGUUAAUAAAUCUGAUGUUCCAUGUUUUGUGUUUUUGUUUUCCUUGAACCAUUGGGUUGGAAUCCACUUAAAUAAUGUCAUCUUGGUAGCCAGCAAUUAUGUUGGCAUUUUAUAUGGGCUUUUCUAGAUUUUCAUAUUAAUGAAAUUUAAAUACAUAUAAAUAGUCGUACUUAAUGAUGUGACUCUAAUGAAGCAGAAUGAGAUCUAAUAUGAUUUGGGAAUGGGACAUUUUGCGGUAGAAUGACACCCUCAGUCCUUGUAAAGUUGAGUCCUAUUCAAAAUCAAAGACUGACCUGUGUGUCAUGUUUUUAUGUAGACUCUUACAGACCAUGGAUUUAUUUUGAAGGAAAAAUCUCAAACAUAAUUAAUAGAAAAUGUACUACAUUAUGUGGUAUGUCAGGUUCACUGUGCACUGGAUUUCUCUCUUUUCUCCAGAGUUGUGAGAAAAUACCUAUUGUACAGGUGAACUUGGUCCAUCUUUCCUUCUUCCUCUCCAUGUGCUUCUCUUCUGCACACUCGCAUUUACAUUUUCCUGUAUUAAAGGAAACAAAUUACUUAUAGUAUGACAAUAUAAAGGAACAAAAGAGUUAGGGAAAUAGUUGCCUCCUAGCUGGGGCUGUAAGUCAAUGUUAUAGAAACACACUCUCUUAAAAGUUAAAUAAAUUUAAAGAAUAAGAUUUAUGAACCUUGUCCAACAAUUUGAUAAAUACUCAUUUGUUUUUUUAAACUCCCCUUGGAGUAUAGGUCAUCUAGAACAUCAUCAUCAGAAUGCCAUUGUUUUCUUUAAUUAUGAAUCAGGGGAAAAUGUGAAUAAUUUGGAGAGUGUCAUUAUUAUCAAAUGUAUAAGCAACAAGGCAACUGAAAGCAACAACAACCACUAGGUUCACUAAACCCAAAAGAUUACAAAAAUUGUCAUAUUCAAAGUAAAGUUUCUGGCCAAAGUUAAGAAGAACUAGCCUUGGACUGGGUCAAAAUGUCUCUCUCCAUUUCUAUAAAAGUUUAAAGACCUUUUACCAAAUUAGACAUAUGGUCUAUCUGACAAACCUACAUUAAUUCCUUUUGAAACAAAGUCAUAUCCUGUAAACUCUUGGAACUCCUGCAUGGCUUUGACUGGAUUGUUCAUUCUUGUUGUCAUGGAAGACUUAUAUCCAUGCAGAGAAUGUGUGUUUUGCUGUAUUGUUUUCAGUCUAGCACUCAAUCUUUCUAACUCCCACUGGGGACUGAAGAGAGAGAAAGGUGGCUAAUCCCAUAAGUGUGCCAUAUCCUCCCACCGCUUCUCAAUCCGAAGUGAGCAUUGAUUUACGUUAUUGUGCAUACCCUCCAUGUUUGAGAAAACUUUCAUUUCACUUAGAUCUUAAUGGUACCCAGGAGUUGGAUUUAUUAUCUUACGUGAACGUGUUUGUGAUCCUCUGUUACAUUUUGGGGCACGUUACCUUUCUGGUACUAUAAGCUGUAGCGAAUACUCAUUGUACGUCUAAAACAACUGGUCAGUAAUUUAUGUACAUGUAUUCCAUGUUUUAGUGUGCUUGAAGUGACAAUCCAGUUUGUAGUAGUUUGUUAAUUGUCUACUUUAACUCUCCUGUGUUUUGAGGACAUUUAAAUAUUCCUUGUCCUACCAAGGUGACAAAAGCAGAAUGUAAUGUGAUUACUUGU